AACUCUGCACCCAGUGCUGCUGCCAGGUAGAGUCGCCCGCAACAGAACCUCUCUGUCUUCCCUGCCCCAGACCCCAAAACAAGGAGGUCCCCGGAGAGACCCCGGAUCCAGUCAUCAAAUGAGGUUUGCUGAGCUGCUGCUCAGUGUGAAGUACAGCAGGGGAAGCAGCGGAACAGACUGGAAGCCUUCCCAGCCCCACAGGCCUCUCUGCACCUGAUGAGGGAGUAUGUGAGGCAGGCUGACCUUGAGUUUUGACACUUUAAAAGCUGAACAAAAUAGAUACGUAUAUUGCUAUGUAAUCAGCCGUAAGACUACGCGAAACAUCACUUUUUUUUUCUGGAAAUACCAAUUUAUCUGGAAAAUACUGAUUUACUUUUUCUGAUUAGAUUUGCUUUAACAGUUGUGUAUUGUUAAUUAGGAUGAAAAUCAAAUCAAUAUUAAGUGCCUCUUGUCCGGAAUAGACUAUUUCAAAGCGCAGACCUCUGGGAACGAAAACGAAAGAGAUGAACUGGGAUGAGAAGCCCGAGGGACCCCUGGUGAGCUGAGGGGCUGACCAAGGGGCGCCUGUGGAGCCUCACAUCCAGCAGAGGGCAGCAGAGGGCAGCUCUGCAGCCAGGUCCGCGGGAGGCUUCCUGCUCACCAUCUUAAAAACCAGGUCAGAAAGCAGGUAGUGAGUCAGCUGAGCAGCUUCUCCUGUCCAAACCGUAUUCCAGGGUGAGAAGUGGCUUAGGAGGAAAUGUUUUGCACCGACAAGUGAGAGUGUCAUCGUGCCAAAACAAUGAGUGUCAACAGCCACUGAAAUAAACAAGAAAGACGGUGAUGGGCCGUGCCUCCUCGCGGAUGUGCACAGUGUCACGUGGAGCUACCAGGCCAGGAAAGUGACCUGGUUCUCACAUUUUAGCAGCAGAAAUCAAGCCAGGUUGUGUUCUUUGUGCCCCAAACUGUGCAGGGCACCUCCACACAGUCACUGUCCAGCUUCACCAGGUGGUCAGGCUGUUUCGUCCCUUGUCAGCUCUCCUCUCCUAGAUUAUUUCAAAGGAUGAUACAGGAUUUCCUGGCUGUCCCUCUAAAAAUAUUUUGGAACUUAGAAUUCACAGUAAAAGACUUUUCAAAACUAUAAUCCCAAGACUGUUUAUUACCAACAAAGGAAAAAAGUAAAUGCUACUUCUUUAAUAAAAUUCAAUGACUCAUCAGUGUUCAGAUGAUCCUGGUUGUUUCAUAAGUGUCAUUUAAGCAUUGGUUUCCUGGAAGAUUCUACAAGGUUCACACACUAUGUUGGUGGUCUCCAAGGCCUCCUGCCUGGGUGGAGUCGUAUACUUGCUAACCUACCUGCAAAAUACUGUGCAAGAUUGAUUACGCAUCUGGACAGACCUCUGUAUCUUACCACUGCUAUGACAUAGAAAUAGGAACCUGUUAACGCCCAGGGAACAGCACCCAAAGGUGGAGUGCAGAACACGUUCCAGGUUGAUGUAGCCUCUUUAUAUGGUCUCUCGUGCUGAGUUGGGGUCCCUUCAUUAUUCUCAUACUUCCAAUUUUACAAAGUGCUUUUCACAUUCAUGGUCUCUUUGAACCUCACAAUAUGCUCUUGAAUCAGGCAUGUGGAAACUAAGGCUCAGACAGCCUCGUGACUUUCCUAAAGUGGGCUAGACUGUUGAGCCAGAUCAGGCCCAGACCCCACACCUCCAGUGCAAGUCAGAGAAAACCUGGCAUGGCAUGUCCACAGACCAGAAACCUUGGGUCUCUGCCAGUUGCUGUCACCUUGAGAAGGUUGCUUGACUAGCUUGUACCAUGAUCCCCCCAUCUGCAAUCAGCCUUCCUGCUAAAAAACACAUUCAAGUACAGAUCCAGCUUCUGGCCCCAUAUUAAAAAUAUGUUUUGACUCCUUUCUUGACUUCAGCAUAAUGUCUUCCUAAAGUCCACCUCACAUUACCCAGCGUAUCAGUAAAGCAAAGGAAGGGACUUCUGCAGACUUUAAUCAGUGCCACCAGGUAGGGGGGAGGUGAUCACAUGCAAAAAGAAAAGCUGUCUCAUCACCAGGUAAAACAAGAUGGGUCUGUACCCUGAAGAACCCCAGGCUUUGCUCACUGGCCCCUGGCCUCCUUCCCUCUCACUCUUCUUUAGAGGGGCUAGACUCUGAAACUGCAGCCCAUCCAACUAAGUCCUGUGUGCGUAUAGCAAUGAAGAAACUCACCCUCAGCACCAAAGGGGCACAAGGUGCACUGCCCGACUCUCUGGUAUUGUCACAGGAAAGCAGGGAGCUGGAACUCCAAGCGUCCUGUGUUCCGAUGAAAGAAGAUGUAAAGUCAAACACCAAAGGUCAUGCAAGAGAACCUUAUUAGAAGUGAAAGUGAGGUGAAAAUAAAGCAAAAAAAAAGUGAGGCUUAAGCAAAAAGCACUCUCAAGGGAGAGAAUGGGCUGUGUCCAAGCAGAGAACGACAGAGGAGACAACCCUGUCCUCAUCUUUGUUACAGUUUGAUGCUCCCCGGGAGAACUGGGGAUCACUUUUCAUACUCUUCGCCAGUCAGGUGUCCAACUCCUCCUUCACAUUGGCCAUUGAAGUUCUCGACCUUAGUUGGUUCUUUCCAGAACCGUCAUGGCGGCCAUCCAGUGAAGUGGGGUGGGCUUCAUCAACAAGUGAAUCCCAUGUUAAUGUGAGCACUGGGGUCAACCUGAGUGCACCUGCAUUACUGAAGGAAUCUUCCUUCCCAGACAGUUGGAGAUGCUUAGACUCCUAAUUCCUAGCUUUACACCAACAUCGAUGGGCCCCGUCAAAAGUUAGUCCCAUUAAUCCUUUUUUCUUGACAUAUUUCCCAGUUAACUCCUUUCUCUUCUGUUUAUUUUCUACAAAUUAACUACCACCCUUUGUUUCCUUCGCAACUUUGAAAGUAGUUUAAAGAAGGGCCCUAACGUGAAGAACACUUUGAGCUUGCCGGUUUUUCCCUGCUCAUUGCUGGCUUCUACCUAUCAGCGUGACUGUACCAAAGCAAAGGCACGUUAAUCUAUUUCAUUGUUUCCAGUACAGAAUUACCCUGGACAAGAAUCACCGAAGAGUGAGGCAGAUAUUUCCCUGUGGAUUUCUCAUUCUUACAUUUGAUGGUAAUGUGCUCUCAAAUUCACGAGGGUGCUAGGAACUCAUUUGCCUGGGCCACAAGCUCUCUAGGACAGAGCAGGUGAGGCCCUGGUCUUGACAGCACAGUAGGGUUAAAGCAGGUGUGGCCAGGGUGGAGCUGCCUCAGGACUGAAUCCCCCUUGGGCUGGCAAGGGGCCAACACAUUUUUCAGUGCAAAGAAUUUAGGCAAAAAGAAUAAAAGCAGCAGGCAGAGAGAAAAGGAACCCUUCCUGUGAAAAAUUACACUUGUUCUUCUGCCUGUGACCACCAGGAAUAGCUCCCGUUUUGUUUUCUAAUGGUCACAAAGUGGUGUGUUUAUAUAGUACCACAUGAUCCUGGAUCCACAGUGUAUAAUGUAUAAAUUAGGGUAUUAACAUUUCCAGUUCCUUCAACGUCCAUCAUUCCUUUGCAUUAGAAGCCCUGAAACGCCUCUUGUCUAUUUCUUGAUAAAAUAUGUAUCAAUUAUUGUAAACCAUAGUCUCCCUGCUGCACUGUGGAACCUAGGACUGGUUUCUCCUCCCCAGCUGUGUGUUAUCGCCCCUUAUGCCACCUCUCUGGUCUUCGGCUCCCUCCCUCCUAUCCUCCAUUGGCUUCUUCCACUCUCUACUUCCAGGAGGUCCUACUCUUUUCCAAAAGAAUUUGGUUCCUCUCCCUUUAGCCCCGAGCAUCUCUAUUUCCUUGGAGUCUAUGCUGUCAUGGUAGCAAGAGAAAACUCAGGCUCGGUUGCUGAAUUGUUUCUUAGUAGAAUCAAAUUGGACCCAAGAGCAUCAACAGAAGAUGCCAAAAAGAAAGAGAAGAAUAAAAGAGGAAGGGAAAAUAAGGAAGACUCGGUUAAAUUAAAACAAAAGGAGGGAGAGAAAAGAGAAGGGAGGGAGAGAGAACAAGGAAGCAGAGAGACUCAAGACGGGGAGAAGAAAGACCCGGCAUGCAGAUUUUUAAUGUUUUGGAACAGCUCCAGACCCUCGGUAAGCGACCGCUUCUAAAGGCAAGUCACACCUGACCUGGUUGAUGCCCUCACGCAUGAUUUUCCACGCUAAGGUAAGUGUGCUCCGCAGACAGCAGAGAAGCAACUUGGCAGCCUGUUCAUAUCUUGGUUUCCAAGAAUUUCAGCAGCUGUCGAGCUAGCUGGGAGCCGGGUUUUACGAUAACAGCAUGUUUAUUCCGCCUCUCCAUGCCUUUCAUCCUCCUCCCACCUUAGUCCUUCUGUUCUUUCUGAUUCAUCACACCCACCCAAGGUGAAAGGUGAGUGAAGAAUAUAGGACUCGAGUGCCUGUUCUGCGAGCAGUGGGAAUGUAACGUGUCCUCCCGUGCACUUUGUGACUGAGGAGUCUGGCGCCUGGCUCCCAUGCUCCCAGCCCACUCACCAGGCGGGCUCUAUAAAGGAACCCGCCUGCCCGCCCCGGGGCCCUGCAGUUUGCAGUCCCUGCGGCAGACAUGGCUCAGCAGUUCCACCCUCCCCUCAUCAGCCUUCUCCUUGUGGCCCUGCUGUUUCCAGGCUUGCCCAGAGCCCUCUCUGUUAACUACUCGGGCACUGAGGUUCCCAGUGACCCCAAGGGGGGCACUCCUGGACGAGGCGCAGAUGGGUCUCCCGUGCGGCAUCACCAUGUAAAGCGUCUCUUUGAACCGCGAACUCCCCCUUAUAUGGAACCUGAACCAGCUUUCAAAGUUGUCAACUGCAAGAAAAGUGAGGGCUUCUGUCAAGAAUAUUGUAAUUAUUUGGAAAUACAAGUAGGCUACUGCUCUAAAAAGAAAGAUGCCUGCUGUUUACACAGGAACUGAUGUAACCAAAAUGGAAACUGAUUGACUUCUGCCCACCGUCUGCUCUCCUGGCCUUGUGGUCAACCCACAUGCAGGUGUUUCUUGAAGAAGUAUCUCAGCAGAGAGGAACUGAGGCACUGCCAUGCAUGACGGACUACAUAAACAUUUUAUUGUGGCAAAAUAAAUGACAAAAGACAACCUUACAAAAAGUAACAGCUUGAGAUGUAUGACAUCUUCAAAAUCAUGAUUUGUGCUGGUAGAUGUGGAUGUAAUAAACUUUCACGGAAAAGCAUCAAAUAAUGUGUUCUUUUAUUUAAUAAAUAUUUUCUGAGUACCUAUGUGACUUUAGGCACUGAGAAAUGUUGUAAAUUAGGAACAUGAAGAAGAUGUGGGGAAACAAAUACCUAAAUAAAAACAAUAAAAUACUGCCUAUGUUAUAAUGUGGACAGAUGCUAAGAAAAACAUACAGCAAAUAAAUAGAAGAGAAUUAAGAAAGUGUUCCUGGGAAACUUAAGAAGAACUUGCAGAUGAUUAGGAAUUUAUUAAUUUGGGAGAGGGGCAGAGACUUCCAAGUAGAGGGUACAGGUUAUAGAAAGGCAUGAGACGUGAAGCCAUGAAGUAAAUAGGGAGAAGCCCAGCAGAGUUGUAAAGAGAGAGGUUAAUUCAGAGUAGCUGCUGAGGAUCAUGCAGGAAAUGGCGUGACGCUUUCAAGGCAAGCUGAUAUUACACUGAAGAUCCCAAGACAAGAGAAGGCUGUCGAGUGCUGCCAGAGAGCAACAUGAUCAAAUUUUCCAUUUCUGAACAUUCAUUCUAACAAAAGAUUUUGGAAUGGGCUGGAAAAGCAUAAGAUUAGAGGCAGAAAGACCAGGGAGGAGAUGGUCUUAUCUGGCAUUCAGGUAGACCCAGCAUGCUAAAGUAGAAAUAAUGGAAGCUAGCAAGACAACAGCAAGGGCAUUCUAAAAAGGAGGAGUUUACAGGUCCAGUGACAAAGAAAGAAUGGCAAGAAGACAGGAAAGACCAUGAGCAAGGCUACCCACAACUCUAGGAGCACCGAGUGGGGCUGGCUCCAGACGUGUUGGAAUGGAAGGCAUUCACAUGUGUUCAAUGAGGAGCUGAAGAGAAGUACAUGAACCCAAGGAGGGAGGAGCAGGUGAGACAGACAGGUAGAGGCCCUUCACUUGUGGAUGGUAACAAAUCCAUCAUUAGAGACGAUUUUCUGGGGGAGAAGAGGCAUUAUGUUGAAGGAUGCUGUAAUGGUUAAUUUGAAUUGUCAACUUGAUUGGAUUAAGAGAUGUUGAUGAUUAAGAAGCUUCUGGGUGUGUCCACAAAGGCAUGACUAGGAAUGAUUGGGAUGUGAGAUAGUGAACUAAAGUGGAAACCCUCCCCAGGUGUGGGCAGCGCUGCCCAAUAGGAUGGUGGCUUGGAUGGAAUAAAAGUCGGAAGAACAAGGAAGCAGAUUCAGAUACAAGCUCAACUCUUCUUGAACGUGUCCAUGAUCGCUGCUUCAAUCAUCUGAGGAUACCAGACUCUCGCUUCUUGACUCUUCCAAAGUGGACACUGUCAGUGAUUCUCCAGGGAGUUUCCAGAAGCCUUGGUCUCGGGUAGCACUGUUGAUCCCUCUCAUUCUGGGGCUUCUGCCUCUUGGACUGUGCAGCUGUUGGUUCUUCCAUCUCUCCAGCCUGCAGACGGCCACUGUGAACUAUCCAUCUCCUGGUCGUGUAAGCCAACUAAUCUUUCAAUGUUGAAAGCAAUUUAAUAGACAUUUUUCUUCAAUAAUCUGUAAGAAAAUGUUCCAGAUACUGAGAAUUGACACUGUUAUAGAGUAUGUGUGAGUAAAAUAUUAACACAUAUGCAAAUUGACCUUUAAAGAGAGGAUACCUAUUUAUACUCUCAUUAGCAAUAUAUUAAAAUAACUAAUUCUCCACACCUUUUCC